AUGCAUGGCUUCUUCAUGGACUACCGCCUCCAUGCGAAGUUGAAAGCUGCGUUGGAUCCUUUCGCAUUCGAGGAAUAUCGCAAGCAGAAGGUGAAAGAGAGGCUCGAAGCCAAGCGCACCAUGCGAACCCGUAUCAGAAACAAGAACAAGGUGGACGUCAACCCCAGCUUCCACGAGCAGCUGCAGCUCACUGCAGAAGAAGGCACAAGUGUAUGUCCUGAGGAAGCUUCUGAGGACGCCUGUGGGUGCAUCGCAGUGAACCUUGUGAGCGCAUGGCCGACAGGCUCGGGAGCUGGUGCGUCCAAAAAGCGGAAGGAGGCGGACGUGCACUUGUGA